AUGCAGAGCCAGCACAAUACCGCAAGUGAGACGCACCUUGCUCAUGCGAAGCCACUGCCUGCUGGCGGGCUGUCCCGACUGGCCAUGGCGCCGCUCACGGCUGUAGUUGAUGUGCUUCGGGAACUCAAGGAGCGAAAGCCUGUCACCUUCACGCUGAUCUGCGCCUUCGAUAGCGUCGAGUACUUCACCGACCAGUGUAAGAAGGUAUACUUUCCCACGGAGAAUUUCAGCCAAGCGACUUUCGUGUCAGUCAAUGCGGGAUUGUAUUACAUCUUCCAGGAGAAGACGGCCUUGGCAGUGCAGACUGGAGACAUGUCCGCGGUAGCGACCUAUCGCGGAUACUGUGAUCUGUGUCGAGAUAACCUGGAGACAGCUAUAGCAAAUCUGGGCCUGCUGAUGCCGCCGCGGAAGGAGACUGUCGAGGCACUCAUCAUGGCAGCUAGCUAUGCCACGGAAAUCUCAAAGCCAUCGCUAGCGUGGCAGCUCAACGCCGCUGCAUGUCAGGUCUGUCUUGCGUUGGGCUAUCAUCGCAAGGACUUCUUGCCAGGAGAAACUGAGGAUAUGAGGAACAAGCGAGCGGCUCGCUUCUGGCUGGUGUACAUUCUUGACAAAGCACUUGCACUUCGGUUCGGCCGCUCAUCAAAUUUGCAAGACUACGAUAUCACCUUACCGCGCAAGGUAGGGCCGCUGGGUGAGUUCGACGAACACUGUGAGACUAUCGAAGGCUGGCUCCGCCAUGCCGAGGCUCAGGCCAAGACGUACGAGGACCUGUACAGUCCUAUCGCGCUACUUCAGCCUGUUGAGCAUCGCAUCCAAUCGGCACGGACAUGUGCAGAGAUCCUUCUACGCGAAGUGGAAAAAUUGACCGAGGCCAGGAAGCGCUUAGACAACGACCCCUCACUGGCUAGCAAUGGCAGUGAUGCGAUCUCGGCCAUGUUGCUCAAGUCUGACGAGGUCUCAAUCCUAUCUACACUCACACUGGUCUACCGGGCUGUCCCACCGGGAGCCAUGACUGCUCCUCCUGGCCCAUCGUCAAUGUUUUGCGUGGAGUGUAUUGACUGUGCGAGAGAUGUGGUGCAGUUGCACCUGGAAUGCACCGAGCUAUUUCGAGACAAUCCUCAACUAGCUCCAGCGUAUAUGCAUUGGUGA